CAGUGCCGCUCCUGGAAGUCGUAAAAGGGAAGUUCAACUGUUAUUGUAAGUGCCCGGUGAGAGCUUUUAGUCACACGCUACAAAGUUGAGAUGUUCCGCCGUGUGCUGGGGAAGACCUUUGGUUUUGUGGGCUACACAAUCCAGUAUGGCUGCAUUGCACACUGUGCUUUUGAAUACAUUGGAGAGUUAGUCGUGUGUUCUGGUCCAUCCAUGGAGCCCACCAUUGUCAACGAGGAUAUUGUCUUCUCUGAACGGAUGAGUCGGCAUCUUUGCAAAAUACAAAAGGGUGAUAUAGUCAUUGCAAAAAGUCCAUUUGACCCAAAUAUGAACAUUUGUAAAAGGGUAAUUGGAUUGGAGGGUGACAAGGUCUGCACAAGUUCCCCAUCAGAUUUGUUCAAGACCCACACAUAUGUUCCAAAAGGCCAUGUGUGGCUAGAAGGGGAUAACCUUAGGAAUUCUACUGACUCAAGGAACUAUGGCCCAAUUCCCUAUGCCCUCAUCCGAGGGCGUGUUUGCUUAAAGCUCUGGCCACCACAUAGUUUUGGGACCCUGAGUGAAAGUCCAACAGAACGGAUCAUUAAAACUCAGAGCGACUCGGACUCAGAUUGACUUGUCUGCUUUGUUUAUAUUUGUACUUGUUCUUGACUUUUUCAUUUUUGAAUAAAAGUGUUAAUUCUUUUAAAAAGUUAA